AUGGUAGUCGCUAUGACAUAUUGGAGCUACCUUCUUGUUUGUUCUUCCUGUUUUGAGGUUUUUUGGAAUCCUUCGGGACAUUGGUCACGCUUCGCCGGCAAUGAGACUCAGACACCUGCAAAACCACAGAACUCCGGUUUAUCGGAGUUCCGUCUCCGACAAUCUAGAAACAACAAGCAGCUUUGCAAAGAGAGCAAUGAUAUUAUCAGCAAUUUGCCGCAACAAAUAACAGAGCGUAUACUAAUGCGCUUACCCUAUGAUCAUGCUGUGAGGACGAGCAUCUUAUCUAGAUAUUGGAGGUAUAAAUGGGUUAUGCUUCCUAAUAUAAUACUUGACCCAAAGUUCUUUGAAUGUGUCCUGAAGAGGUUUAAAAAUCGAACUUGUGAGGCUUCACAAGCAUAUUCGGAUAUCAUAAGCAACAUUUUACUUCGUCACAUUGGCCCUAUUGUUAAAUUUGUUCUUUGUAUCCCCUCUUGGUUUCCAUUGAAAGCAGACUUAAGUCAGUGGUUGCGAUUCAUUGCUCGUCAUGGCAUUAAAGAAUUUACUCUGGCUAAUUAUCAUGUUCAAUCACCAAAGCUGUCUUCUUGUCUGUAUUCUUUUGAGAACUUGAGGGUGUUGGAACUCUACAAUUGCCAUGAUCUAAAUUUGCCUCCAACAUUCAAAGGAUUUCCUCACCUUAAGGUCAUGGAUCUAGAUUUACGCGAUGCAGUACUAGUUGGACCUUUAGAGGAACAGACCUUGGAAAAUCUUAUUUCCCUUUGCUCGAGGCUAGAGCACCUCAAACUAAAUAUCAAUGCAAGUUUGACAAUUUGUGCUCCAAAUCUUCAAGAACUGGUUGUGAAAGGCAAGCUCUCUAGUCUAUCCCUGAAAGACACUCGAAAAAUAAAACUUUUAGCAAUGGAUGUGGAACUUUUUGAAGAUGAUGGGUUGAAGAGAAGCAUGAAUGAAUUCUUCGGUAGCUUGCUCAGUUGUCAGACACUUGUUCUCGACAAAGAAUUCUGUUUACCCAUGGAUAGAUCAUUUAAGGAAUGUUCUGGGAAGAGUGUUCAGAACAAGGGAAACUUCACACUUCCUUGUCUUAAAUACGUUGUAUUUAACUUUAAGUUGAUGAGGAGCGUGGAGUUAGAGCUGAUAAAACUUGUACUAGCAUGCUCUCCCGCUCUUGAGGUUAUGGCUAUUGUGCUCAAUGAGCUUUUCUUCGAUGAAGAAAAGUUACAAGUAGAAAAUGAGUUGAAGCGACACGGCCGAGCUUCGCCAACUGCAGGGAUUAUUGUACUGUAA